AUGGUAGAUCCAAAUCCCAAACAGACGAGUGAAAGUUCUCUGAAGAGGCCAACACCGCCGGAAGACCCUAUUGCCGAAUCGAACUUACAUUCUGAACGGACAGGCGAAGGUUCUUCGAGGGCACCAACUUCGUUUGAAGACCCCGUUGGCGAGCGGGAGAAGUUAGUUUUUGUUGACGAUCCACCUGAUGGGGGAUUGACAGCUUGGCUACAAGUCCUGGGGGUUCAUAUAACAGUGUGUAACACCAUGUAAGGGACAAUUCCUUCCUGUGGUCGAUUCCAAGGUUAAUUGUGCCUAUAACUCAGCGGAUAUUCCAAGGUAGGCUCUCUUGGAUUUGGUGCGCUCAUAUGGCUCACAUCCACGAUGCUUCCAGUGCUGUGGCCAGCUUCAAUCCUAUUAUGUGGAGACCCUAGGAGCAUCACCAGCGUUUUUCUGGAUUCGGUGUAUGCAGGCUUUCGGCUUAUUUUUUCUCGCGGCAUUUACUGCCUGUGGACCCGAUGCUAGACUCUUUCGGUAUCGCUACACUGUGGGCACGUUUCUAUUCCUCUUCGGGAUUUUUGCGGCUCCCCUCGCGACGACAUAUUGGCAGUUGUUCCUCACACAAGGGGUUUGCGUUGGGAUUGCGAACGGUUUAUUAUCCUGCAGCAUGUUCGGGCUGGUUUCAUCCUACUUCAAGGAGCAGAGAUUUUUAGCCGUUGGUUUAGCAUAUAUCGGGGUCGCUAGUGGAGGGGCUCUAUUACCGGUUGUGGUCCAAAGACUACAGCCGAGGAUUGGGUUUGAGGGGGCGAUGAGAGUUGUGGGGCUUAUCGCUAUGGCGACCAUGCUGUGUCCGAAUCUGAUAUUGAAGCCAAGAGCGGCGCCGAGGGGGGCAGAUAAUACUGACUAGUGGGCCGAGUUUACACAAUGGCAAUACAGUAUGUCCUUUUAUGUGCGGGUGCUUAUACCGACAGUGUGAUGUCUACCCUAGACUAUUAUGAAGGUUAGGCAUGUUCCCGGAGAUGUGGGAGUUAAUACUUGCCUAUUUGUAUGUAUCAUUUUAUUACCGGGAUAUCUUGCAUCUCGACCAGUAGUCCUCCUUCG